AGCGCGCGGGAGCCGCGGGCGGGCCGCAGGAGACAUGAAGGUCAUCACGUGUGAAAUAGUGUGGCAUAACAAGGAGCCGGUUUACAGCUUGGACUUCCAGCAUGGGGCGGAUGGGAGCAUCAACCGCCUGGCCUCGGCAGGGGUGGACACGGCCGUGAGGAUCUGGAAAGUGGAGAAAGGCCCGGAUGGAAAAGCCAUCGUGGAGUUCCUGUCCAACCUGGCGCGCCACACCAAGGCCGUGAACGUCGUGCGCUUCUCUCCCAGCGGGGACAUCCUGGCCUCAGGAGGGGAUGAUGCUGUCAUUUUGCUGUGGAAGCUGAAUGACAGCAAAGAGCUGGAGCCGUUGGUUUUUCAGGAUGAAGAUGAAGCUCAGCUCAACAAGGAGAAUUGGGCAGUCAUUAAAACUUUGAGAGGCCACUUGGAAGAUGUGUAUGAUAUUUGUUGGACCUCAGAUGGAAGUUACAUGGCAUCUGCUUCUGUGGAUAACACAGCAAUCAUGUGGGAUGUCAAUAAAGGACAGAAAGUUUCAAUAUUUAAUGAGCACAAGAGUUAUGUCCAAGGAGUAACCUGGGAUCCUCUAGGCCAGUAUAUUGCAACCCUGAGUUGUGACAGGGUCCUGCGAGUUUACAGCACCCAAACCAAGCGAGUGGCCUUCAAUGUCACCAAGAUGCCAUCGGGGUCGGGAGCUGAAGGAGAGGCGAGGAGCUUUCGGAUGUUUCAUGAUGACAGCAUGAAGUCGUUCUUCCGCAGGCUCACCUUCACUCCUGAUGGCUCCUAUCUGCUCACUCCAGCUGGCUGUGUGGAAUCAGGAGAGAACGUUACAAACACCACCUAUGUUUUCUCCAGAAACAAUCUCAAAAGGCCCGUGGGGCACCUGCCCUGCCCUGGCAAGGGCACCCUGGCUGUUCGCUGCUGCCCUGUGUACUUUGAGCUGAGAGGAGCCUCUGCUAAAGAUGAAAUCAGUCCCAAAUCCCCCCCUGCCCUGUUCAGCCUCCCCUACCGAUUGGUGUUUGCUGUUGCUUCAGAAGAUUCUGUGCUUUUUUAUGACACUGAGCAGUCCUUCCCCUUCGGUUACGUCUCCAACAUCCAUUACCAUACCCUGAGUGACAUUUCUUGGUCCAGUGAUGGAUCCUUCCUGGCCAUUUCCUCCACGGACGGGUACUGCUCCUUCGUCACCUUCGAGGAGGAUGAGCUGGGAGUGCCCCUGAAGGAAAAGCCCCAAAUCCACGUCAGGACUCCUGGAGCAGCAGCAGACAAGAAAGCCAAAAAGACCCAAUCCCACAAAGUGAUUUCCCCAAGCUCCAAGCUGGCAGAGGGGACCCCUCCCAGCAAGGAUCCCCCACUGCAACCCCGAACCCCCAGCUCUGCUGGGAAGGAGCUGCCUUCCACCCCUGUGGGCAUCAAAACAGCUCCAGUGCCAUCCCCUUCCACCCCUGUGGGCAUCAAAACGGCUCCAGUGCCAUCCCCUUCCACCCCUGUGGGCAUCAAAACAGCUCCAGUGCCAUCCCCUUCCACCCCUGUGGGCAUCAAAACGGCUCCAGUGCCAUCCCCUUCCACCCCUGUGGGCAUCAAAACGGCUCCAGUGCCAUCCUCAGAGGAGAGGAGAAGCAGCCAGGCAGGCACCCAGAGCAGCAGAGCCCCCCAGCCCAGGAGGGUCACCCUCACCACUCUGCAGUCCUGUUUCAAAACACCCAGGAGAAUAAACUUGAUUUCCUUGAAGCCAGACACCCCAACCUCUGCAUAUCCAGACCCAGCCCCCACCCCUCCUUCCUCACAACAGGAGCAUGAGAAUCCAUUGCCAUCUGAUGAGAGCCUCCAAGCUCCCCCAGCACCAAAACGUGCCAGGACUGAGGAAUUGUCCCUUCCUGGAGACCAAACCAGCUGUGAGUCCAACAAAUAAAGGCUGGGCAGACCCCUCACAGCCUGAAGUCACAGCAGCCAUGUCUGAGUGCAUUUCUUUCUGCAAAAAUUCAAUCCUCAAUUCCCAGUCCAAGUUCUCUGUGCCUGUUUGAUGCAGAAACAUCAACAUUUCUGUGAAGAAACUGCCAGUAGAAGACCCAGGUUUCAGGAAUUUGGUUCUGCAGCAGGAGAAAUAGUUGGGAAGUGAUGUCAAGAAUAAGGAAAUCAGGCAAAUCUGGGGAUUAAAAAUCCAUCUAGUAAGCUGUGAGUAUGCAUCACAGUCCCCAAAUCCAUGUUUAGAAAGCAUUAUGUCUUCCAGUAACUGUCUGGCAAAAAGAAUUGAAUGCAUUCGUAAGAUUUGAUGUGGUUCAAGACCUAAAAAAAGAGGAAAUUGUGUCAUUCCAGCAUUUUGGUUUAUUUCUGGUGUAAAAUGCUGCUCCCCUGUAGCUGUGGGGUGGAGCUGAUUCACUCUGAAUGCAGCAGCAAAGCUCAGGACUGGGAUGUGGAAGCAGAAAUGGGAAGUUUGAACUGCAAAAAACAAGAAAGCAAAAGGAAGAAAUCCUCUGAAGAGCUGCUGGAAAAAAAUGAAACAGCAGAAAGUUCUUCUUGUUUAAUUUCUGGACUUAAAGAAAUGCAGGUGUGAGAUUUUCCUGAGACAGCAGGAUUUGAGUGUGUACAAUGAAAUUUCCCCUUUGCCCCCAAUUUAACUCCCUUAGCCAAUAAAACACAAUCCACUGGAUGGGAAACUUCUA